AUGGGUUCGAUCGACAUCUCGUUUGUUUUCAGCUUGGAGAAGACUAAAAAGGAAACAAUCGUUCCCAAGCAGACUCAAGUAAGUGAAAGUCCAGUUGGUACAACGAAAGACGGCUAUGCAUCCUCCAAGUCGUCAGUUGUCCAGGAUACUGUCGAAAAUCCUGGCACUGGUCAACCGCAAGUAUCUUACGACGCCUUCAAACCAAAGAGACCACCCGGUAGGCCUCUCAUCACACCGACAGUCCCAUACCUUGGCCCCCAAACUCCCUCUGGAGUAGAAGGACACUUUAGCGAUCCAUAUGAAAAUGAUUCUGGUUCUCGAUAUGGGCAACCGGAAGCCAGGGUCGCAGUUCCACCGGAAUGGAAUACGCAGCCCAACACUCAAGCUGACAGUAUCCCAACGCCAAAGUUGGCGAUAAAGGAUGCAGGCAAACUGCAAAGUCAGACAGACUCGCUUCAAAAGCGAGGCAGAAGAAAGAUGACGGUAACGAAAUUCAUUGUUGCAGCUGGUUUGAUUGCUGUCAAUGGAAUGUUCAUAUUUGCAUCUUGGUGGUGGCAGAAGUAUUAUUAUAUAUACCUACCAUUCAUCUGCCUGCCACUUGCAUUGAACUGUUUCAUGAUUGCUUCCAUUAUCUUCUUCAAGCUGAGAAAUACUGCUCGCCCGGAGAAGAUCAUCGAGCCUGAGCAUGUUGUGUCUUUUGGCAUGGUCAUUCCGUGUUAUAACGAGACUAGAGAGGAAUUGACCAAGUCUCUAGACUCUCUUGUCGUCCAAACUGGCAUUGAUGACAAUAAGAAGGCCAUCAUCGUUAUUUGCGACGGCCGUGUUCGCGGCCCUGGGAUGGAAAAGACGACGGCGGACUACCUUUUCGAGGAUAUCUUGACUGAGCAGACACAUCGCAGUAAGAUAAAGAAGGCUUAUAUGGCCUGGGAUGGGCAGCAGAUGGACAUCGAAGUGGCCAAAGGCUUCUAUAAAGGCCUGCCCUUCUGCUGCAUUGUCAAAGAUCAAAACCAAGGCAAGCGAGACAGUUUGAUUGUUGUUCGCUCUUUUCUGCACAAGUUCAAUCACCGGAGGGCCAAUCCUGAGCACAUCUUCUCACCACGCUUCUUCGACUAUAUGGAGAGCUGGCUGGGCAAGGAUGUCGAUGUCGACUAUAUUGACCACCUUGUCGGAAUGGAUGCUGAUACAGUGUUCGAUACUGAUUGCAUUUCGCAGCUGCUGAAAGAAUCUAAAUACCCGCACACCGUCGGUGUCUGUGGGUAUGUCGCAGUGGACUUUUCGGGUGGCAGCUGGAACUUGUGGUCGUUGUACCAGAAUUCGGAAUACAGCAUUGCACAAGGACUCCGCCGCUUGCACCAAUCUAUUGCCACGAAAAAGGUCUCCUGUCUUCCCGGGUGCUGUCAGCUUCUUCGCAUCUGCGAAUAUACCUGUGGAGACAAGGUGCUGGUCGAGCUUUUUGGCUAUCAUCCUAAACCACUCGACGGGCUGCUUACGCAGAUCAGGGCAACUGCUUCGGAAGAUAGAAACCAUGUCUGUCUCAUGCUUACGACGCACCCGGAGGCCCAAACUCGCCAGGCUCUUCAGGCAAGAGCAUUUACGGAUGUGCCUCACUCUUGGAGUGUCUAUCUGUCUCAGCGUCGACGGUGGACGUUGGGAGCCACCAGCAAUGAUCUUUUGCUGUUCCUUUCCUGGCACUGCCAGUGGUGGGAACGAAUCCUUGCAUUCAGCAAUGUUCUGGGAUGGUGCCUCAACGUGUUCAUAAUCGCAUCUAUUGCAUGCAUGGUUGUGGCCUUCAUGUCACAGCCGUGGUGGAUCAUCUUGGCAUUUGCGUCCGAGAAAAGAGGCACCACACCACGCAUCACUGAGCCGGAUUCGAGCACGGGCGCCCAUGACCAGGCAUUAAUGGAAAAGCCCCGACAGCCCGACGAGGAAGCUGCUGUGGAGACCGUGAUCCAUCGACCUACAUCGACACAUGUGCGGCCUCCCCCUGGCGUGGAAUUUGAGUUGAGGGGAUGA